AUGCACCAAAACCCGUCGCAACCACCACCACCACUCGUAACCCACAAAUCCACCCUACCUUUCCUUUUCUACAGUCUCCAAAAUCGAACUUGCAUCAUAUUUCUUCGUUUCCAAGCUCCAUUUCGGGCGGCCCAUAACCACCAUGGGUUCUCACCACACCUCGCCGCCCGAAGCUCUCCGAACGUAAUAGAGUAUGGAAAAGACGAAGGGGCCCUUGAAAAUGUGUUGCUUAAUUUUGAGUCUCGUCUUUCCGGGUCGGAUGAUUAUAUUUUCUUGCUUCAGGAGCUUGGUAAUCGAGGAGACCGUAAAAGGGCCAUUUGUUGCUUUGAAUUUACGAGUGAAAAGGGAGAGGAUAAGGAACAAACAAGCCCAAUUUGGUUACUUAUAAUGCUCGUUAUUGAUGCUUGUGGGAAAGAGGGUGUAGAGUUUAAGCUAGUAGUGGAGAUUUUUGAUGAGAUGUUGAGAAAUGGAGUGCAACCGGAUCGAAUCACUUUUAAUUCCCUUCUGCUCGUGUGUAGUAGAGGAGGGUUGUUGGCGCAAGCCGAUGCCCUUCGUUGGCUAUCGUGGAAUUUCUAUGUGGCAAUUCAUGCCCUCUCGCCGUUGUUGAUACCUCUCGGGAUCAUGUUCUACGGCCUCAGCUUGCUUAAGUUAUUCGAGCGUGGAUUUGGCAUUUACAUUCUCUCGCAGCAUGGAAGCCUUUGUUGCCUUUACUAA